AUGGCGGAUCAGUUGAGUGAAGAGCAAAUCGCUGAGUUCAAGGAGGCCUUCUCUUUGUUCGACAGGGAUGGCGACGGAAGCAUCACUACCAAGGAAUUGGGCACUGUUAUGCGUUCUCUUGGACAGAACCCUACCGAAGCUGAGCUUGCAGACAUGAUCAAUGAUAUCGAUACCAGUGGAAGUGGUGCCAUCGAUUUCCCAGAGUUCCUUAUACUUAUGGCUAGGAAAAUGAAGGAGGGUGACACUGAGGAGGAAUUAGUGCAAGCAUUCAAGGUUUUCGACAGAGAUGGGAACGGUUUUAUCAGUGCACAAGAGCUUAGACAUGUCAUGACCAACCUCGGAGAAAAGCUCACUAACGAGGAAGUCGAAGAAAUGCUCCGGGAAGCAGAUGUAGAUGGUGACGGAAAGAUCAACUACGAAGAGUUCGUAAAACUCAUGAUCUCCAAUGGAAAGUUCACGCUGCUCGUUGGGCUGGUCAAAAUCGGUGAGGAGUAUGUCUUAGGCGAUGACGGAGCAUGCGGCCUCUCCGUAAUCAAAGACCGCAUCAUGCACAAGGUACUGAACAUCAACAAUUAUAUCAAAUCAUUAUGUGACUUCUACGACCGUGAAAAGGCAUCAGCCGUAGACGGGACCCCCUCCUCUGGGGACGUCAGUAAAACAGCACAGCACACCGCAAUGAACCUUGAAAAGUUCGUAUCACGUGACGAAUUUUUUGUAUACUCUGUAUCGGUCACGUUCAAUCCACGCAUACAAAACCCAGGAGACCUGAGAAAGGAUAGUGGCGAAGGAGACGGUGUUUGCACCAUCACGGUGAAGCUACCAAAAGAUAAACAGCGACAGGCCUUUUAUAUCAGGCUCAUGCUAAAACUUAUAUCUAAACAUUCGCUUAUGCUGAGACUUAACCCUGAGGGUGUUACGUGCCAAGUGAAAGAGGCAGAAGAUAAGUUCGCCACCUCACCACAGCCCCGUGAUACCGAGGCCCCUCCAGACUACUUCGACGACGAUACAAAAACCAGCACGCAGGGCGGAGCAGGACAACAGUUCGUCAGGGCUGGAAUGAACUCAUUCAGCUCAUACUCCUUUUUCAAUCAGAGUUCGAUGAUUUUGAACAAAUAUGUCAACAGCAACGUUGUCCUGCGCGAGGACGACCAGCUGAUGGCAGAAAGGCUCAUGAGAGAAAAAGAAAAGAAGCGAAGAGAGAUGCGAGGUCGCAAGUAG